AUGCUGUUGUUUAUCUGCCUCCUUGUAACCGAGGUGGUGGGCUUCGGCGACGGAUAUGCAGACGAGUCGAUAGGCGGCCUCGUCGUCGAUCCGCGAGACCGAGUCGAGCGUGAACACAUCAACGCCGAAAUGGAUGCCAACAUAGUCAGCUAUGGUGACACUGGACUACUUUUUACCCACUUCAAGUCGGAAGACGGCCGGAUGGUCCUGAAUAUCUCCUGCAAUAAGUCAGAGCUCGUUUUGGAGCAGAAGAAAGCCCCACAACAAGUUACGUGCAAUUUGACAUACGAGCUUACAGUGGCCAUCGCUCUCUCCUUCGAAAUUGACUACCCACCAGUGGCCCAAUCAGCUCCUGCAUUCUGGCUGCAUCUAAAGCCUACCUCGUCCCGACUGGUGACUAUUCCCCUGAACCUGACGAUCCUAGGGGUGCGCAUGGGUGUAGCCUACCUGAGAAUAUGGGCUCGUGAAGCCAUGGAACAGAGUGGAUCCGGUCUGUAUGAGUGGCACAAUUGGAACCGGUCUGACCCUCUGCUCGUAGAGGCCUACUUGUCGACGCUGGUGAACAGGAGUGAGUUUGGCAACGGUGGUUCUGUCAUGGGCCUUCCGGUUAAAGUUUUGCGACCACGAGGUUCAAUUGAGGUUGUAUUUAGGGCAGUUGUUGCAUGUCUGGUCAUUGGAAUUACGUUUGUCAUGGGAUGCGAGCUGGAUCCGCGUCUGAUAUGGAGACAUUUGAAGAGGCCCGUAGGUCCACUCAUCGGUUUUUGCUGCCAAUUUGGAAUAAUGCCCCUGGUGAGUCAUCAUCUGAUCCAAGUACUACUGCAUGACUAUCCUAGUCCUUGUUGAUCAAGCUGCAGUCACCCUCUGUAAGAUGGGCCAGUCAGCCAAUGGGUGCAAAUUUGCAUUUCAUGCAAGCUGGUGAAAGUGCCCAGUGCCCUUAUGGUAUUCCGGUGUGCAUCAAACGAGUAGUCAGUAAGAAGAAAUGCAUGAAAUCCAUACGGAAUUUGCAAGACUUUCACGCGGCCUGCCAAUAGUAAUCUUUAAGCUGUGAGAUAAAGCUCUCAGGAAUCAGGUCACCAUUCGAGCAAUCGCCUAAUGGGUAUUUCCCGUGUGCUUCCCACAUUAGAAAUCGACAAGUUUCUUCAGCGAAAAGGACACCGCGGAUUUAAAUGUAGCAAUUUGAGAAAGGAAUUUUCAAAACCGCGAUGAUCAUAGUAAAUAUGAAAGUAGUAUGUGGAUAGUAGAAGGGUAUGCAGAGAAGGAGACUCCUUCAGUGCCCCUUCUCAUCAUACGUGUGUAUUUAUAUCAUAUUGUAUUUGUGAUAUUAUUGUUAUAUUUAUCUGUUAUUAUUAAUAAGCAGUUACUUUUUUGACCAGGUAAUUGUGCAUAUAUGUUUGCUUAUUUCCAGUCACAUGAUUUCGCAAACAUUCAUAAUGCGUUCGACUCCAAUUACAACACAAAUAAAAACGGUGAUUGCUGAUCUGUGCGAAGUGGAAGGAGUGGAGAUCGAGAAUUGUUAUACAGAGCUGGCUGUAAGUAGGUAUGUUGUGAAAGACCCGCUUUCUCAGUCAUUCCGGCAUAAUUCAACGGCAGGUAAUAGGAUGUCGACGAGACGCCUGUAUGUCGUGCUAUGGAGUGUCAAUGUUGGGAUUAUGAGAAAACAGCUUGUCUUGCAUAAAAUUAACUUCUCGGCAGUGUAGGCAUAUCGAGAAAACGACUACACCGGAAAUAUUAGCUCGUGACACGCAAUCGGAUCCAACUACCUUGCUCACUCUAGGUGCCACAGUCUCACAUUGUCUCCUUCUCCUCCUCCUCCUCCUCCUCCUCCUCCUCCUCCUUCUCCUCCUCCUCCUCCUCCUCCGAUAUGAUUAAGUCAUUUGCUUACUUAUUAUGUGCACGUGACCUGGCCCACCGCCUCCUCACGCGAUCCACGCAACUGGGAUUUGGCCGUGGUUUUGACUGCAGUGGAGCAGUCUUGGGUCGUAUCUACCUCACUUCAUCUCUCGUCGUCAAUCGUUCAUUAAUGACGGAAGAAGCUCAAAACAACAGAAUGAAUGUACAUAAGAUCAGUGGCAGAUAAGUCCAAAAGGUUCAUCUGCGAGUGCCAGAUCGGAUCUGAUCCAUGAUGCUCCACUUCGUAGGCUUCAACGAGUAUAUCUGUAAUUGCACAUAAGCCGGGGACAUUAGAUGGCGUCAUUUGGGGGUGGUCAAUGCAUACGAACAGCAUUUUUACUUCAGUUGGAAACACAGUGACUUAAAAACUAAGCAAAUCUUCUACUGGUGCCUUACACGGCCUGGCCCUUAAAACCGAAGAAUAUCGGCCUUGAAGAAGGAGAUGUCAAAUCUAACACAACUUGGAAAUAUUUACCACAGUCUGACGAUCGUCUGAAAUGGACGACCAAGAUAUACCGUCAGUAGGCGUAAUCCCAAACUGGGACUUUUGACAUACCUGAGUAUUUUUAUGUCACGCGUCAUUAUUUGUACUGAAGAAAAGAGGGUUGCAUAGCGUUCCCUCCCAUUCUGACUGUUCUACUUCUUCUUCCACUCAGGAUCGGCUUGGUUGAAAAUGCGUUUACGAGCGGUGGCUUACCUGGAGUGACCGUCUAACGCACGGCGCAUUAGGUCCCGGACCACACAUAAUCUAAAUUUGCACUAAGGUCCAGAUUAAGCACGAUCGGUUGUAGCAUUAUCCCAUUUAUUGACAGUCCUCCCAACGACGACGUUUUGCGUUUUUACGUGGAUUCAAGCGCAUACCUCAUCUUGCCUUCGCUCUCCCGUCCACCUGUGUCGUCUACAUAGCUGCCAACAGUCUGAAGAUGAAACCUGUCGCAGAGACUGAUGCGGCGCCAAUUUUAAAGUUGGGCAUUUUACACGUAUAUGAAAAGUCAAUGGUUGAUCUCUCUCGUGGACUCCAUGAGACUCUAUAAUCACAUGUCAUGACCUGUAGCAACCCUUAUGUUGAUCCAGGUCAGUUAGAGCACGUUCAGUUUACGAGCAAACUAAGUAAAAUGCAAUUGUUGAAAUCCUCCUUUGCCCAUCUUUUGGGCGCCCUUGAUCCUACCUACGUAGGUACUAACUUCCAUGCUGCGAUCCUUUCCGCAAUGCGCCAGUUGGUUCACACGGAGAUCCGACUGAACGACACAUGAUCGGAAGCGCAUAACAUACCCACACGCAGGCAAUCCACUUGUAAUGCUCUGGGGUGAUUCGGGGGAUCAAACGAAAGCAUAGAACUUCCCCCUUCUCGAACAUAAUAACUGCCAGUGGAGGACCCUCCGAUCAUUAAUUCAGCGAUACACCAACGAAAGUCUAUGUAUCCGAGCCUCUAGCCUCCGAGAAGCCGGCGUCUGUACGGGCGUGUGCAGCUCGUACUUCCGGGGAUCACUGCGUGAUGGCAGCAAGUAGGCCAGAAACGGGCAUUCCACUGCCCCUUGGUUUUUCAUUAAAAUGUCCUCAAUUACUGAAUUCUGGUCGCCGCGUGCGACGGACUCUUUAGGCAGCGCACUCUCAGCUUCAAGGUGAAUCCUAAACUCUCACUUUCGUCCCGCAAUCAGGGUAGAUGGUUUGCGUGUCAUUUUUAUGUGCCGUAACUUAUUAUGCUACAGUUGGUGGGCUUCUCCCAUGCCGAGGAGGAAAUAUACUUUUUUAAUUAUGCAAACAACUUUCGCUGCUGAUUGUCUAAUUAGUUCGCCUUGACGAUAGUUUCCCCUAGGCGUACGCAGGUGGUUUGACGUGGUAGAGGUACUAAAUAAGAAUACGUUGUUCAUGUGACAUGUUUCUGCUGGAGUUAUACCAUAUUUUUUUACGGCGUGACGCCUCCAGCAAGUACAUCCGUUAGACUCAAAUGAGUAUCGGAUAAUUAGAAGCCCAAUUAGACUCUGUACCGUAGAGAAUCACUAAGAUUGUUUAACGCUAUAUUUAAUCCAAGAUGGAAGUCGAAAAAAACGCCCAGACGUCCAUAUGCACAGGUGUGAAACUGGGUAGCUGCAAACUGCAGUAUUCACAACAGCUACAUACACAAGGCAACAUGUUUCACUUUAACUGCAAUUGGCCAUCCUAAAAUUGCAAUCGGCGACGUCGACCGUGUUUCCCACAGCAUGGCUGAGGCAGGAACGAUGGAUUAAUUUAUUAUGAUAGUAGACUUAUGCAGCGCCUACCACACUCUCCCCGCCCUCAUCCAUCUGACUCCGUUGCUAGGACAGAGUCAUAAAUCCUGUAGGCACAGUCGGGUCUAAUGUCUGACAAAUUUUAAUAGCCCGUUUGCGCGUCCCAGUGACGCCUCAUGCACGUCAGAUGGACUAGGAUUUCACAGAAUCCCGAAAUUGGCCGCCCGGAUCCCAUCUUAGUGAAAAUGUCAUAGGGGCUAUAUGAAGAACAAACCAUCACCUCCCGACUUCCUGCCCUGGGAGGAGAGCCGAGUUAACCGGUCAUUUGGCUGCCUUUUAUGCCAGAGCUUCUAGCUAACAGUGAAAGUGUUUAAGUGCGUCAAUGUUUUUCCUGCAAGGAAUAUGCGCUAAUUAAUAUGGGGUCAGAGUCAUCAGAGUCAGCCUCAUCCUCUCUUCCCCUCACCGAGGCACGUGAACGUUGUCUGUAACCGUCAGUCAUCUGACGACAGGAUUGGCACAAGCAGCUGCCAGAGCUGAGCGGCCCGUCCGCACGUGCCGAAAUUACAAAAUCACCACCACAGACGCUGACUUCUGCACCCUCUGUCACAGGACAAUGCGGUGGUCAGUGGUGUCAGUCUAAAUUUUUCCCAAUAAUUUCGAAUCUCUAAGGAAGUGACAGAAUGCCUUUCGUGUACCGACAGACUGUCGGAGCGCAAGGGAAGUACUACCUCAGACUAAAGCAAACUUGAUCGCCUUUUCUCCGCAGAUCGCAUUCGGGAUUGCGAUGGUGGUACCAAUUAAACCAGAAUUUGGGUUUGGACUCCUCACUACCGGCUGCUGUCCCGGUGGCGGUGGCUCCAACGUCUGGACACUCUUGCUGCACGGCGAUCUUAACCUCAGUAUGACAAUGACAUUCAUCAGCAGCAUUGCUGCACUGGGUAUGCCUAUUGUGUUUUACUGGAUGUACUUCCGACUACUGCCCCAGAUGAACGCGAGAAAAGAGGAAAUACACAGUCUGAAGGGUUUCGCCCACGAUGAAUAUAGUACUGUAUAUAUUAUUUAGUAAUCUCAUAUAGUUUACUUUGCAUUUACAUACUACUAGUAGCACCGCUUACUUGCAGAAUGGUCAUUGUCCGGUUAGUUCGCAGAAUCUGAAUGUCUUCGACACAAAUGCUCCUUACAGUUCCGCGGCUGACUAUGAAGAUGAUGUCCUAGGGACUUCACUUGAAGUCCUUCCUUGAGUCGUUUGCGCAAUUAGUUUUUCAUCGCUCAUGUCUGGAUUUCUUUUAUAGGGGACCUCUUAGAGAGCACAGGGGACCUCUUUCAGUUGCGUUAUGUAGCAGCAAAGAAGACGCGUCUAGACUAUCGCUUAUGUUAUCUGUAGGGGAAAGCUACUGCCAUAUAUGCACAUACAGUAGGUGGGCUAACUCAUGAAAUGCCCACCGGAAUUGUUAAAUGCGUUUUGGUUUCGAAAAGAUUAAUUAAAUAGGCUUGUAAAACUAAUCAGCAUCUAGCAUAAUGCCAUAAUAUUUCAGUUACCACAGGAUGCUGUCAUUCAAAUGUACUUCUUUCCGGCUGCAUGCAAAAACAACACUCUGUUAAAAAUCACUACUUAUGUGGCAUGCAUUUUUCUCAUUGAUUUUCUAUAUCCAUAAGAACUCAACCAUAUUUCCUGGAAAACACGCAUAAAAAUGUUCAUGCUCUUUCGUAUUUGGCAGAAAAUGACGUCUUCUUCCAAUUUUGUGCUCGAAGGAAGUGUAUACUUCGGUUUUAAGAAGUUUCUAAUUGGAAGACCUUUUAAUAACGUGAAAUCGCCGUUCAUGAAACGUCAUGUCUCUGCAUUUACCAAUGUGGUUCGUAAACUUUACAACGUGGUUCAAAUCCACUGCUAAAUUUCAUGAAUUACAUAUGGUCUUCUCUUAAUGCUGUGUAGAAAUCUAUCGUUUUCCGUACGCGGAAAAUAUAUGGCUUUUAGUUUGGAAACCCUGAAUGUGAUUGUAACGGCACAUCGGGUUCAAAGUUAUUCGGAAUUGGAAAGUUUUAUAAACCAAAUUAUACCCUUCUCUCGCGUAUGAUAUUGGAAGAAGACGUUCUCUUCUAUCGAAUGAAUAAGGGAAUGAAUAUUUUAUGCAUGUUCUCCAUGAAAUGUAAAUGAAUUUUCAAGGGCAUCGAAAACCGACAAGAAAAUCGCACGCCAAAUGAUAGCCAUUUUUUGCAGAGUAUGGUUUUUGCAUGCAGCUGUAAAGAUAUUAGUGCAAAAGCCGACAUCCUGAGGUAAGUGUAUUAUUAUAGAACUAUGCUGUAUAAUGUUUUGUUUUACAACCCUACUUAAUUAAUCUUUUCGAAAUGAAAACGCAUUUCGGAAUUUUGGUUAAACUUUCAUGAUUUGGCCCACCAACCGUAUAUUCCAGUUCUUUGUGAAAGAAAGUAAACCAUGUUAUUGGUCAUGCUUUUAGUCCUCACUUAAGUUGAGAGCAUUAGUCUUGAUCACUUACUAAGCGUCUGCCUGUGAGAAAAUGAAGUAACACGCCCGAAAGGGCUGUCGUCUCAGGUCCCUUGUGUUUGUCGAUUUGCCUCCGAAGUUACUCGCUUGGCAGUCUUUCGUCCUUUCAGAUGUUUAAGGGUUAGAUAGAACUGACACCAUCCCUAAGACUCAUUGCUUAAGGAAUCUUAACUGAUAGGUUUACGCCCUUCGGCGCAUAUCUCGACACAAUUUCCGGGUUCUGCUGCUGGAGGGGCAUCUUCAAGUAGGCGUGGAGAUUUUCUUGAGUGAAGUGUACGCCUCCUACGCUCAACCCAUAAAGAAUGUUGAGAGACCCCGACUGAACGCAGAUUACACUGUUUUACGACCUCGGGUUAGUGUGGCGUUAAAAGUUCUAAUAUCAGAAAAGUGGGCAACGGUAUAGAGAAGGACCCCAAUUAACUGUCAGUGGACUGUAGAUCGUGUCAUCUGCGGUUUUAUCUUGGCAUACAUUUGUUGGCUUUCGCAGAAAGUACACUAUCAACAACGAUAACUUCCUACGACCUCAUACCUUAACUUAAAAUCCGCUAUUUUGUGAAAUUUACUUUUUUGUUUAUUGUUUAAUUACCGCCUUCAUUACGGGCAGACAGUCGAUUGUAAUGUUCUCCUGGCAUGAGCAGUCACCUCUUCGGGUGUUUAUUAAUAGUAUGCUUCAAUAAUGACGAGCGAGUGGAAACAAAGAGGUAACUUGGACAGUGAAAUAGAUGAAUUCUUCGUUCUCAUAGAUUGAGUCAUGUUCCGCCAACUAUAGCGAGUAAGCUGAAUAGAACAAACCUUUCCUAAAAUAAACAUUUAGACUGUACUGUUUCACGUGAACACGGCAAUCUCCAGCACCACAAAGCCAGAUAUAGGAACCCCCUUCAGUUUUUGAUAGGACAGUCAGUCGGAUGAAAAUCUGCUAUGUGUGCAUAAACCUUUAACUUCGAGCAAGGCAUUUGUGGAAAUAGUCAUAACGUAGGCAUACAGGACUUCUCUUAUGUACUGUCAGGCUAAAUCAGUCGGUAUGGAUGCGAACAAAGAUAUGACAUCAAAGGAGGUAGUUACCUCAUCAGCGGAAAUUACUUGUAAUCCCCUUAGGAAUUCUACAUAGUACUCGACGGAUACAUCACAAUUCUUCGUAAGUGGCUGGAUCUGAUAGGAUAGGCACUUACAAAUUUUCUAGUUGGGUACACUGAUUAACGAUACUGUCGGUCGCAGCGGAACCUCCGCGUUGCAAACUUUGGGCAUUCUAUAGAUCUUAGCGACGGUCGGUUCAAUUGGUCUCAGAUAUUUGGCAAGUUCUCCUGACAGUUGAUCUACCUCCAUAAGACGCCUCAGCACCUUCGUAGGGGGCGCAUUGAAUAACUCGCCAAAAUGUCUCUUAAGAAAUUGAGAGAACUGGAGAUCGCUCCUGGGUCUAUGAAGCCCCGCUCGUAUUACAGGUCCUCUUGCCCUAGGCCCUUAAGGGGGAUUAGGUUUAUGGCAAGGGUUAAAAUGAAAGGUAAGACUUAUUCAGCUACGAAUUUGUGGACAAAAGUGGUUGAGAUUUACAAACACGACAGUUUGACUCUCGUGCCUGACGAUGUCCAGCACAGCAAGGCGAGAGCAGCCACGGUGACAUGUGCGUGAACUCGAACUUUCGCCUCCGGCGAGAAGAAAGUCUGCGUUUUGAUUACAAGGAACCGUAACUUCCGCUGACGAGAUAAGUGCCUCCCUCGAUGUCAUCUCUUUGUUCACAUCCAUAACGCUCUAUUUAGCAAGAGAAUACAUAGAAAAAUCCUACACGCCUACGUUAGUCAUAUUUUCUCAAAUGCAUUGUUUGAAUUCAUAAAUAGCAGAUUUUUAUCCAACGGCAAUGAUCGGCUGAAGGACCCCAGACACAAACACGACCAGCCGAAGGCGCCUACAACGAUCACUUCUCAAUUCUCUGAGCUGAGGUCAUUGUAGAUAGUGCACCAGACCGCCUGCAACAGACGACACAACUUUGCACAAUAAAACGCCAAAUCGAAAUAAUCGUGUCGGACUAAAAUCCACUUACAUAAGUAUAGUAUACAUAUUUUUGUAUGCCACAGGUGCUUGGUUGAUUAUCUACAAUGAGCUCAUCCCAGAGAGUUGAAAAAUGUUUGCUGUAGACACUUAACGUUUAUUUUUUAAAUUGUCCUGCUUCAUUUCGGUUUCUAUAUGUCAAUGCAAUAAAUUCUUCCCACCCGAAAAGCGUAUUUACCAAUUAUCUAUACUUAUGCUGCCAUUCCUCCAUGCAUACAUAGGCCCGAGCCGAAAACCUUUAUUACAACCUUUCCCGUAAGACAGGCACCUUUGGCUGGCCGUAUGUGUUUGAGGUCCCUCACUCGAUCGUUGUCAAGAAGACAUUACCACCCAAAUCAUGAUGUUGCCACGGUUUUUGUAAGCGCCUUCGAUGAUAUCUAAGCACCCAACGCGGCAUUAAUGCUCAAAAAGAAUAUAUUCAGUUAGGGGUACGAAUGCAUAAGGGCAUAAAAAACUGGAGAUCUUCAAACACCGUUCCCCAGGCACGAUUCUCCUGGCGAUGCGAAUCUCACCAAUAUAAAAAAAGACAGUUGCACUGGCACGCGAACGGUUUUUGCCGACUGAUUUGUGAGCUCAGUGUUAUUGUCCUACAACGAAGACCGCGGUCCACCCGAAAGUUCGACCGUUGUCGCCGACGAUGUUCGCUGUGUGCUCUACAACAUGGUGAAAGCAGGCAGGGUGACUUGUGCGUAUAUUGAUUUAUAGUGGAGGCGGACUUACGCAGCAUCUACCGCACACUCUUCUCCACCUGGGCCCGACGUCAUAAUUAAAUCAAGAAGAUCGGAGACGGGAGAGGACGCAUAUGGCUGUCAAUGCCGGACCCGCACCUAGGCGUACCACCACACCCCCUGGUCCACAACAAACAUUGGCCCCAUUAUCACCUUUUCUCGUAAGACAGGCACCUUUCGUUGGUCGUAUGUGUUUGGGGUCCUUUAUCCAACUGACGAUACUAUCAACAAUUUAAUGGGGUCCCUAUGGUGUCCCCUAUAUCUGACUUUAUUACCGGGGUGCUAAUGCAGAAAUUCAAAGCUACGGCUCGUUCGCUAGUUAAUCCUGAGCUGUUGAUGUAACUUGCUGUAAGCUUCCUAGAAGUAAAUUCACACUUGAAAGGUUAACUUACUACAAACUCCCAUUUCUGGAUGUUUUCGUCCAGCGAAAGGCGCACGUAAUUCCGAUUACCGGAAAGAAACUUACGCUAAAGUCAGUCUACCCUAUAAGAUCAACCAGUCCAUUUGUCACAAACGGAGUGCUGUCAUAAAAUCAUUGUAUUGAAGAAGUAGGCUAACAAGUCGGUUUUAAUUGCUUGCGUGAAUUACCUUUGCGGAAUUGAUACUCUAAGGAUUUUGUACGCAGAUGCAUGAGGCAGCAGAAAUCAGGAGGGAAGGGGCCGGGUGGUUCCAAUCAAACGCCUAAACUACGUACUUGGCGAACUCAUCCAUACAUUAGGAAUGUGUCUGAAGUCGUUGAAAGACAGUUAAAGAAGCACCAGAUUCGAGUGGCGCACAAACCCACGACUACUUUUCGCUCUCAGCUGGUGCAUCCUAAGGAUAGGGUUCAUCAGCUGGACAAGAAAGAGGUCGUCUACAAGAUACCGUGUGAUGCAUUAACUGCCGUUUAUUGCGGCCAGACUGAAUAAUCCGCCUCUACGCACAUUAACGAACUCCAGUUGGCAAUGACGAUGCGAAAACAUCUGUCCCAAGUAGCCAUGCCUACCCCAGACACCGCGUGCACCAUCGCUUGGCACAAACCUCGCAUUUUCGCUGCCUGCUCUUCGAAGAAAGACUGAGAGUUCCUAGAGGUUAUGCACUUGGAUGAAUCAUGCGUCAACCGGCAUAUCAAGUUGGAUGCUGUGUGCAGAGUCAGCUAAAUCGCAGUUGGUAGCCCGGAAUGGGAAGCGGACGGCGACCUUAACCCUACUCCCAAACCGUAACUCUAACCUUAACCUCAACCGUUACCGUUAGCUUUUAACCCUAACGGCAACGCUAACCCUAGCCGAAAUCGUAAACGUAACCGUAGCCCUUAGACAUAACCGUAACUGAGAAGCCUAACCGUACUACUGGAACCUAUUCGCACGCUCAAACCCUAACCAUAACCUGAAAACCGAAGCCUAAAGGCAUAACCCUAACCGGAAAAUCGGAAUCCAUUAACCGGUACCCUAAUCCUAACCUCAAUCGUAAAACGGAAGCCAAAUGUGUCCGAUGUGACUACGGAGGCCACAAAAUAACCUCAGAAAACAAACCCCCCAGCCACCUGUAAUGCGGGUCCGGGCUAUCAACUGCGAUCUAGCCGCAGAGUCUUCAAUCCAAAAUGGAAGAGAAAAGAGCCAAUCAAAUUAGACUGACAGACAGGGCGGUCGCCUACCGACACAAAUGCCAGAGGAGUAUGGAUUUUAUGUUCAUUAGUGACAUUAGCUGUUUUGUUUUGCUCACAGAUGUGUUCUCCGCCUGCGUCUACAGACGACCUGGGAAACCAGCGUUGAAAAUUUACGCAGUGGAGCUUCUCGCCCCAUUGAACCUACCUUAUUUCAAUAUAUACAUAGGCAGAAUGGCAUUACCGACAAAGACAAGGCAGACUGGAAUGGCCACUUCCGGCUUAUUAACAGUCGUCAGUCAGCCAUACCUAACCGUGAAAUGUGGGACCCCUGAGGUUUGAUCCCGUGACUUGUUGGUUAGAAGUUCAACGCCUCUAACCACUGAGUCAUGAGCUCGUUGUCCCGUUGGUUGCGAUCUGGGAUAUACAUGGUAGACGGUGCUCACCGAUCAUUUAUGUGGAUCUAAAUCGGCCCGUUGUGGCCCGAGUGUUCCACACUUCGGUAUUGGAUAUAACUGACUGACGACGGCUAAUAAACCAGGAGUGGCCACUUCAGUCUCCCUUGUCUCUGUCGGUAAUGCUAUUCUGUCUAUACUACGCGCCGCUGUGCCUCUGCCGGUAGGGCUCGGGAGAGAGCCCCAAGGCACAAUGCAACGACUGAGUUUCGUAACACGAUCGGUGAACGCCCCUCUACCAUCAUAUGUAUAUAUAUAUAUAUAUAUAUAUAUAUAUGGAUGAGCGAACAAAAUGUGUGACGUAAAAGACGGCCAGAAAUUCUCGCAUCAGUUUCCGUUAUCAGAUUUCAUGAGAUAGGUUGAGCCCAACCAUUCUGCCUAUAUCAUGCACCGCUGUGCGGCUGAUGCUUGGGUUCGGAGAGAGCCCGUAAGGCACAGUGGAACGAAUGUGUUCCGUAGAAUCAGUCGGUGAGCGUUCCUCUACCGCUGUAAAUUCCUGAUAACAACCGACAAGACAACAAACCUGUUAAAGUGCUGAACUUCUAACUAACAAAUAGCGGGAUCAAGCCCCCAGGCGUUUCAACUUUCGCCAUUGGAUAUGGCUGACACUGCUAAUUAUCCGGAAAUGGCCAUCCCAGUCUCCCUUAUGUUUAUAGGUAGUGCUAUUUUAAGUUGAUAUGCACAUAUAUACAUUGUCAGUGGAAGCGAAAAUGCGCGCCUACGGGUAUGAAUUCGUUCAUUAUGGUGUCGAGGAGAAUAUCCAGUUAUAAGCGCGCACGAGUAGAUAUGCUCCAGAAAUAAACGCAGUGUUUUGGCGAGUGGGUUACUACACCACGUCGAGCAACGAGGCCCGUGAGCCUUCACUUCAGUAGGGUGUUCUUUUGCUCUGUGUGAGUUGAAUACCCCGAAUAUAAACGUAUAAAAUAUGAGCAUGAUACCCAAAAAUGCCAGAGGGAAAGCGAAGCUGACAAAUGCUUCGAGCCUGAAAUUACUAUGAGACCUGCGUCAGUGAGCUGGAGCCUUAAAAAUACCUGUUAAUUACAUAUUUAAAAGAAAACAUCGCUCUGUCCUGCUUCGUUUGCAAACGUUUUGUAUUCACCACCUUGAUUAUUCAUCAUGCAGGUAUGACGCCCCUGGCGCUAUUUGCCUACGGCCGUUUCUUCCUCGACGUACAGCAAAUAAAGAUCCCCUACGUUCAGAUUGCUGGCCAGCUGCUCUACGUUGUUAUACCAGUCAUUGCUGGCAUGCUGAUUAAACGUUACCUCCCCAAAACUGCGGCUCAUAUUCGACGAUGCCUGCAACCCCUGUCGUUCAUUUUCAUCGCGGUCUUGGUGGGUUUCGGCACGUACGUGAAUCUUCCAAUCUACGCCUUGAUUGGUCCCUACCCACUGCUCCUCCCCACAGCCGCCGCCCUCCCCUGGAUCGGCUUUCUGGCCGCCGGCCUUGUCGCCUGCCUGCUUCGGAGGUCACGCGCCGAAAUUCUCACCAUCGCAAUAGAGACGGGCAUACAAAAUAUCGGCAUAGCCAUCCUCGUGCUGAUCUACUCGAUGCCUCAACCGGAGGGGGAUAUUGGUGCUGUGAUGCCCCUGGUCGUGGCUCUGUUCACUCCACUGCCUCUGAUGAUAGCUGCCAUUGUUGUCUGCAUUCAGGAUGGGCGAUGUGUCUGCUGCAAAAAAAGGCUGCAGCACACACAACUGACACAAACGACGGAAGAUGAGGAUCAAGUUGGUGGCCCUAGAGUCAAGGAGGUCAGUGAACAACACAAGAUGACAGCACUGAGAACUUAG